UGCUUUGACAUUACUUCAUCCAAAGAAAGGUAAGAAGUAAAAAACCUGCAGUGACUGGAUCACACAUCCUGUCUGACCCUUAAUGCCAUCAAAAGAACAUGAACUGGAUGACUUUGGUAUUUUUUGUGGGCCUUCUGUGGAUUUUUCAUGUUUCUUCAAAAAACUGCAAUCAGUGCACUAAAGUCAAAUGUGAAAAACUCACAACAUGUUUGACCACGACCACUGACUAUUUGUUUGUUGCUGAUAACUUCAGUGGUGUCAUUGAUGCAGGACAAUAUUGGAAUCACAGAAAAAAUGGUUGCAUAAUAUUUCUGCAGGAAAAUGCUACAGGAAGACCAAUGUGGAGUGAACAGUCGCCUCAAUUGCAGACAAAGAAUGGUGCCUAUGUACUGCAGAUUUUAAAAGGGAAAAUCAACAAUAAAAGACGUCUGUAUAUCCUGCAAGGAAAGAAAUGCAACGUCACAGUAUCUGGCCUCACAGAUUCAACAUGCAUCUUCAAUCAGAAUGUCACAGGACCUUGCCAGGUUAGAUGUUUGGAUACAGAAACCAUAUGUAAACAGUCUACUUAUGAUGAACAGAAGUGCACCAACAUGGGUGGAAACGGCGUGGACGAGUACUUCAUCAAAAUCACAGCACCAGAAGAAAACUGUCUCAACUGUGUUAAGCCAGUGAGGGGCCCAGAUAUUAGACUUGAUACAGAGAAACUCAAAGAUCUCAAUAUAACAGUAACAAUUCAAGCAGGAAAACCAGUUGAUGCUACCCAAGCUGCUAAAAUGAUGGACAACAUGGCCAACCUUGCCGCCACCAUCAAUGUAUCUUCAGCUGAACUGAAUGUGGGAGAAGGAGUCACGGGUAUCUUAAAGAGAGAAACGGACCCCACGAGCAUAGACAAUGUCUUCUUUGCUUAUAAGUCUCCAAAUGACAGUAUAAGUAUUAUAGACAACACAGAUACUAUGGCCACAUUUUCAAGAUCAGUUACAGUGCCAAAAGAAGCAUUUGAAAAAUCUUUCAGUUCGAAUGUUAGUGUCGUAUUUGCAGUUCUUAUGCGAUUCACCAAUCUGGCCAAGGAUGCAAAGAACAGCAUGGUUUUAGGUAAUGAGGUUUUAGCAGUUGAAAUGGGAGCCAAUAUCACCAAUCUCACAGACAAAAUAAACAUCAAUUUUCAGAAUUUGACAUACAAAGGAAUUCCAUCUUGUCAAUCAUGGGAUGGUCAAGGAAGCCGACCAAACUGGACCAGUGACGGAUGUCUGACAAUACAAAAUGGAGAGAACAUUACAUGCCAGUGUUCCCAUUUGACAUUUUUGCUAUCUUAA